GCUGAAUUGCGCUACAAAAAGUUUAUUUUCUUCACAUUUGACUUUUGAGUAGUUCAGUUACCUCUGAGAAAAAAUGAAUUUCUCAAGAAUUUCAUCGAUUCUUCUUCUUGCAUUUGCUGUUACGAUUGAUUGUCUUCCUAGGUAUCUAGAGACACCGGAAAAUGGAAACUUAUGGGCUGUCCUUAUUGCUGGAUCGGACACUUGGGAUAAUUACCGUCAUCAGGCUGAUGUUUGUCAUGCUUACCAGAUUUUGAAAAAACACGGAAUUCCUGACGAAAGGAUAAUUGUUUUCAUGAAGGAUGAUAUUGCCAAUAAUGAAGCGAAUCCAACUCCCGGAAUUAUCAUCAACCAUCCUGAAGGAAACGAUGUGUAUAAAGGUGUUCCAAAAGAUUACACAGGACUGGCUGUGACUCCCAAAAAUUUUAUGGCUGUCCUCAGAGGUGACAAGAAGGCAGUGGCUAAUUUUGGAAGUGGAAAAGUGCUGGAAAGUGGUCCAACUGAUCAUGUGUUCGUAUAUUUUGCGGAUCAUGGAGCUCCAGGACUCAUAGAAUUCCCAGAAGGAGAACUCUCAGCAAAAGAUUUAAAUAAGACAAUAAAUUACAUGCACGAGAAGAAUAUGUAUGGCAAAAUGGUAAUAUACAUAGAGGCUUGUGAAUCUGGAUCAAUGUUCGAAGGAAUAUUAUCACCGAAUAUAAAGGUUUAUGCAACGACUGCUUCCAAUCCAACCGAACCUUCCACCGCCUGCUAUUACGACGAAAAAAGAGAAACAUACCUUGGAGAUUCUUACAGUGUACAUUGGAUGGAGGAUUCUGACAAGGAAGUGUUGACAAAAGAAACACUUCAACAGCAGUAUGAGAUUGUUAAAAGAGAAACACAAGAAAGUAGUGCGCAAGAAGUGAAACAGUAUGGAGAUCUGACUAUUGCUCAGUUUCACGUGAGUGAGUUCCAAGGCAGAAAAGAUUCCGAAGCAACCACUUUACCAAAAGUUGAGAAGGAUGCAAUUCGAAGUCGGGAUGCCCCCAUAGAAAUACUGAAGAGGAAAUAUCUCAAGUCGAAUUCGGAAGAAGAACAAUCAAAAUUGAAGAGAAAACUGCAGAAAAUGAUGGACAAUCGGUUGUUUAUGCAGCAGAGAGUAGCGGAAAUUGUUGCAGAUAUUUUUCACGACCAGAAUGAGGUGAAAGAUGUCCUAGAGAAUCGCUACAGACUCACAAAUUUCGAUUGCUACGAUACAAUCAGAGCCCAAUUCAACGAAGAGUGUUUCCGCUUAUCAAAGAAUGCAUUUGCUCUGGACUUCAUGUAUGUUCUCGUUAAUCUGUGUGAAAAGGGAGUGUCGCCUCACAGCGCGAUCGCAGCGAUGGAGAAAGUGUGCGUUCACCCUCCCAUUUAUGGCAUUCACUAAAUAUGUGUUCGUCAUGCAUCAUUAGAGCUACGAAGAAGAUAGAAACCAAGUUAGAAUACUCGCCAAACCAUGUUGACUUAACAUUUUCAUGUUAACUUAUAUUAAGAUCACACAUACUCCGGUGAUUUUUUUAUGUGUUAUUUAUUUAUUUUAUGUUUUGUAUUUUUAUGUAC